CAACAGUCCGCCGACAAAAUAAACACUUCCUCUUAGCCCCAUUGCUAUCUCUUUUUUUAGAAGAAUAUGUCGACGAUCCGGCGCUUCAAGGCCAUGGACAUGUUCCGGUUCAACAACGUGAACCUGGACAAGUUCACCGAAACCUACAGCCUGAACUUUUACCUGAGCUAUCUCUUCAGCUGGCCCGACCUGUCGCACGUGUGCGAGUCCGCCGACGAGCGCCUGCUCGGAUAUAUGAUUGGCAAGGUUGAGGGCAAGCGCGAGCUCUGGCACGGACACGUCACCGCACUGACUGUUGCACCCGAGGGGCGCCGGCUUGGGCUCGGCCGCGGCAUGAUGAAGUUCCUGGAAGAUGCGUCCGAGAAGGUCUACGACUGCUACUUUGUCGAUCUGUUCGUCCGGCCGUCAAACAAAAUCGCUAUUGCCAUGUACGAGAGCCUUGGGUACAUUGUCUAUCGGACCGUGACACAGUACUACUUAACCGACGGCGUCAUGCCAACCGAGGAUGCAUAUGACAUGCGCCGGGCGCUAGCCAGAGACAAGGAGAAGAAGUCCGUCGUGCCGCUGACAAGACCGGUGACUGUCGACGAGACGUACUUCCACUAGCAGACCUGGAAUAAAUUGGAGUUUUUUAAAGACGAAGAAACAAAAAUAU